UGAUAAUGGUGUCGAGUUUUGUUUAAAGAAUUCAAGUGAGAUUCUCUCUCUGCAUAAAAUUUCUUAAACUGCAAUGAGUGUCUUCUAAGACAAUAUACCCCACAUGGAUGGGCUGCCAUUAAUAAACAUGUUGAAUUUUUCAUUUCUUUUUGGCAUUUUUUAUCAUGGCCUUGGAGACAUUGUUUUUUGUGGUUGUAGAUUCAAAAGUUUGUAAGAGCACGCACAGUGCUCACUUUGUUCUUUUUCUCGACAUGGUUGGUUUGGGCCCUUUUGAGCACCAUCCCCAUUUCCCACGGGGUUCAGUUUUGGAAUCAAAUUGGCGGUUGUUGGGAGUAAAAAAAUAGUAAUAGUGGUUUUCUUUGGGCAGAGUAUUGGGGGAAUUGACCUAAAACUUGGUUAUUGAUCAGGGAAUUUUGUGGGUCGAGGCAGAAGUUAGGUGUCUUAUAGAAGUAGUCAAGUGGGUAUUUUAUAUUGGAGUAGUUUUAACGUGAUCCGUGAUGGGUUUAGAACAGGAUUAGAUUUAUUGAAUCUGCUGAUAAAAUUUGGGGAAGUUUUGCCUCACUUGGCAGAAAUAUUAGUUGGGGGGUUGCACUCUGGGUUUCGGUUGAGACUCUCGACGGCUAAAAUCAACUGGGUUUUUGCUGUUUCUCUAUACGAGGGUUUAAUUUCAAGUGGAUUAGGUGUUUUUUUGGGUGGAAUACCGGGAGGGUUUAUGGUAGUUGUCUUUGAAUUUAUCUCCAAUUCGGUUCUGUGUUUAAAGCUCCGCUCUUAAGGGUUUGUAUUACGAGGAAGAUGGCUUGCGUGAAACUGGGAUCUAAGAGUGAUGCAUUCCAACGACAGGGACAAGCCUGGUUUUGCACGACAGGGCUUCCUAGUGAUAUCGUUGUUGAAGUUGGGGAAAUGUCCUUUCAUCUUCACAAGUUUCCGCUGCUAUCUAGAAGUGGAGUUAUGGAAAGGUUGAUUGCAGAAGCAUCAGAUGAAGAAGAGGAAAAAUGUGUAAUAAAUCUUCCAGAUAUACCAGGUGGUGCCAAAACAUUUGAACUUGUUGCCAAGUUCUGCUAUGGUGUAAAACUUGAACUUACUGCCUCAAAUGUUGUGUACCUGCGGUGUGCUGCUGAGCAUCUUGAAAUGUCUGAAGAAUAUGGGGAGGGUAAUCUUAUUACACAGACUGAAACCUUUUUCAAUAAAGUAGUCCUCCGUAACUGGAAAGACUCCCUAAGGGCACUUCAAACAUGUGAUGAUAUUCUUAACUAUGCUGAAGAACUCAAUAUCACCAACAGAUGUAUUGAGUCCCUAGCCAUGAAGGCAUCGACUGACCCAAAUCUAUUUGGGUGGCCUGUCAUGAAUCAUGGUGGGCCCAUGCAGAGUCCGGGUGGGAGUGUCUUGUGGAAUGGGAUAAGCACAGGUGCCAGACCCAAAAAUGUAAAUUCAGAUUGGUGGUAUAAUGAUUUAUCAACUUUGAGGUUACCUUUAUACAAGAGGUUGAUUUCGGUCAUGGAAUCUCGUGGUAUCAGACAGGAUAUUGUUGCUGGAUCUCUUACUUAUUAUGCAAAGAAGUACCUCCCUGGGCUGAACCGGCGCAAAAACACUAGUGAGUCUAGCACCCGUCUGACUCCCACGGUUUUGGGGUCUCCACCAUCUGAAGAAGACCAGAAGCUAUUACUGGAAGAGAUUGAUCGGUUUCUUCCUCUUCAAAAGGGACUAGUUCCAGCAAAGUUUUUAUUUGGUCUGCUACGCACAGCCAUGAUUCUGAAAGCCAGCGACUCUUGCAUAUCGAACUUGGAAAAAAGAAUAGGAAUGCAGCUUGAUCAAGCAACUUUGGAUGAUCUCCUAAUGCCCAACUUUUCAUACUCCAUGGAAACACUUUACAAUGUUGACUGUGUGCAGCGGAUCCUCGAGCAUUUCCUUGCCAUGGACCAGAUUACAGGUGGGGCCUCGCCAUGUUCAGUUGAUGAUGGCCAGAUCAUCGGGUCCCCUUCGUUAACACCUGUCACAAUGGUAGCCAAGUUAAUUGAUGGGUACUUAGCAGAAGUUGCCCCUGAUGUUAAUCUGAAGCUCCCCAAAUUCCAGGCUCUUGCUGCUGCUGUUCCCGAGUAUGCCAGACCCCUGGAUGAUGGUCUUUAUCGUGCAAUAGACAUAUACUUAAAGUCACAUCCAUGGUUGGAGGAGUCCGAUAGAGAACAACUCUGCAGGCUGAUGGACUGUCAGAAGCUCUCUUUGGAAGCUUGCACUCAUGCUGCUCAGAACGAGAGACUACCCUUACGAAUAAUAGUCCAAGUACUCUUCUUUGAGCAGCUUCAGCUUAGGACUUCAAUUGCUGGCUGCUUCCUAGUGUCCGACAAUCUGGACGGAUCAAGACCGUUGAGAAGUGGGAUUGCGGCAUCUUCUGAGGGAGGCUGGGCGACGGCAGUAAGGGAGAACCAGGUUUUAAAGGUUGGAAUGGAUAACAUGAGGACGCGGGUCUCUGAGCUCGAGAAAGAGUGCUCAAACAUGAGACAGGAAAUCGAGAAGUUGGGUCGAACAAAGGGCUCUAAUACCUGGGCGAAAAAAUUCGGGUUCAAGUUGAAGUCUCAAAUGUGCAGCGCUCAAGAAGGAUCUGUUAGCAACCAUAAUAGUAACAGUGGCAAGAUUGAACAAGCCAAGCACAAGAAAAACUGAUCUCUAGAUGGCCAACAACUUAUUAUUAUUCCACUGUGUUCUGUGUCUCAAAGACUCUUUUUUCAUUGUUUCAUUGUAUCAAUCUUGUAAAAUGGAGAUGGAAGAACAAUUAGUGUAAUUGAUGGGUUUCUUGUAAAAGCAAAAGGGACUCUCAUUCUUCUAGUUUUCAAUAUGUAAACAUUGAGCAAAGGUAUUCAUCACACUAUCAUUCUUCAGAAUUCAA